AUGGUUUCCCCGAACGGCGCUGAUUCAACGGCUGGAGGUGCGGGUGUCCCUACUGCCGCUUUUUUGACACCGCGGUCGCAUGGUCCUCGUUCCGGUAAUUUGCCUGCUGCAGUUCUAGGUCGAUCAACGAAUUUGCGACAGAGCAAGCGAAAAGGUGCUGGAAAAUGCGCACUGCUGGAGGACGUGGUGGUCGACGAUAGUAGAGCAACAAGUGCAGAAGGAGUACUACAGGUGGAAGAAGAAAAUUAAGGGUAGGUUAAAGGUGCUUUUCUUACCGCUUUUUAUGCCUCUCCUAAGGGAGAAAGGCAUAACAAGCGGGGUAAGCGAGCACCAAAAACCUACCUCUAAGAAAAAUUAAAUUCUCUUCAGAACAUCAACAUUACUAACGUUUCUGUCGCUGCUGGGCACAUCGCUACAGCUUCGUCGGGUAGUGAGCAAAGCACGACAGCAACUGACGUUGAACAACAUCAAGAAGAAGAGAGAAAGAAGAAGAUAAGUACUGGAAACAACAAUAAUCGUCCGCGGCAAGGAGAACUAGCAGAUACCAGAAGAAGUUCUGCUUCUAUACAGGCAAGCGCAUUCUCGACCACUACUACUUCUACUGUAGUUGGUUCGGGCAUGUCGCAGACGACCCUGAUAUCUCAGACCUCAAACGGGCAGCCAAUUGCAAACGGGAGAACCUACUACGACUCGCAGAUGACGACAGGACUGACACCGACCGCUUCUACAGGAGCGGAUCAAGGCAGUACUUUUAACAUUCAAGGUCCUGUUCCUGCGACCUCCACUGCGUCGGGAGGAUCAACUGGCCCACCGCCAACGCUACUGAAGAGCGGCGUCGUACCAGAUUCAGCAGGAUUGGUUCACAGUCAUCAGCUAGCGCAAACGGGUGAGGAUUCACUUCACGGAGUAGAGGGUGGCCAAUUCGAAGGAGACAGCGCCGCACCAGGAGUAGCACAGAGAAAACGAGGAGAUUAUGCACAGUACAUACUGCUGUUUCCCCUAGUAGUCUGGACAUGGGAUACUUGGGAGUAUGCGGUCGAAAUUAUAUGCGGGAAAGGUAUUUUUUUUGUACUCUUCAUCUCAAAAUCAAUCUCACAACAAUGGACAACUUUCAAACCACAUUGUUUGGCACUCUUCAUCAUUUUCCUUGUAGGUAUUUUGACUAUCUUUUGACAUGGUGAAAAACCAAUGGAAAAUAAUAGAAAUACGUACGCUUUCCAUCCCCAGCGAAUAGAUGCACAUCAUCAAUCGCUCCAUCCCAACGCAUUACCAACAGGAAGCCUCCGCUGGCAGAUGGUGAUUCAUCUUCUGACAGCCAUAGUUACGGUAGGUUUCGUUUACCGAUGGGAAACACAGAGUGGAAACUGGAAGAUGCGAUCAAAGUUUAUCGGAUUUACAUCGAUUUUAGCUGCAACUUCCGCAUGGGUCUUCCUCGAGAAGCUUGUGGCUUCAAUCGCUCCUAAAGUUUUCGAUCAGCACGCAAUAAACCACCUCUUUUGCUACGCCUUUCUCAUGCUCACUACGCUUAUCGUGAUCCUGCUGUACGAAAGAGUAAAUGGAAUCGACCUGUUUCAGCGGUUGCAGGAUAUCUGCUGA